CCGCACUGGUGGCACUAAUACUUGUCAUUGUGUGUCUGCUCAUCGGUGCAUUAGUGCUGCUGUUUGCCUCACAAAUGCCGCUUAGCCCGCCGGAGUGGUGGGGUGGCACACAAAGACCGGCAUGCUCGUCUAUCCCAUGUCGGCAAUACGUCGCUAUAGCCCUGAAAUAUUCGUGCUUACACUUGUCGCCAUACUAUUCGGCACAUUCUGGAGCUGCAUUCACAGUUUUCUCAUUUGGACAUUCAGCGAUACGUAUGCGGUCACCUAUUCUGGGUUGAUUUUGGUGUUGGUGCUGUUCUUCAAUGUCGACAAAUUCAUCGAAUAUUGUGGACAUUCGAAUAUCUUUAUCGGCGGCUUUGCGGUUUUCAUCAUACGCUUCACUGCGCUGAGCAGCGAUGGUACCCAAUGGUUGACCGUUGUCAUGGAGGCUAUCGAGCCGGUCGUCAUCGGAGUUGUGUGGAUUACGAUUAUACUGUAUAUGCGACAUGCGAUGCCCAGGAAGUUGACAGCGACCGGACAGGCAGUGGCUGUGUUGGCCUUCUUCGGCAUUGGCAAGGGCUUGGGUGCCGUCAUUGGAUUGGCGCGUGACGACAAGGUGCCCCAAUCGAAGGCACAGGUCAUACAUCAAUGGUUGGCAAUUGCGCUCGUUUACUUUAUCAUUUACAAUUUGCUUUUGGCGCCACGUUGCGCUGCCAAAUCACAGCAUAUUGAAGAGUUGAUUUCAGGCUCGGCAUCGCAGAAUUUCAGUAAUGGCACUGGCAAUGGAGCCGGCAGCACCGGACAGGGUAGCACCAGCGCUAAAUGGCAACUCGUAUUACUCGCCGCUACGUGUCUACCACAAUGAGCGAGGGAAAUUGGGACAAUUUAGAUUUUAAAUUUAAUUAAUGCGCUUUGAAAUACAUAUGCAGAUACGUACAUACUAGUAUGUAUAUAUGCAU